UAAAUGGAUUAUAUCUUGCAUUAUUGAUGCUUCAGUUGAUAAAGGUUGAAGAAGGGCACUAAAGAUGAGCACGGUUAAUUGAUUUAUUUAAUUGUUAGUUAUUGAAUCACAUAUCUUAUAGUGACGAUUGCAGUCCAGGAUGCAUUCCAAAAUUCGUCAUUUAGCCAUCUUUUUCCUGCUGAUGUGCUUUGCUGUAACGUCUUCUGUCCACCACCACAAGGCAGACAUAGAAGAUAAUGAAUUUGCUGAGUUCGAGGAAUUCGAUGAGGAGGAGAUGACCAGUACAGAAGAACCGACUGCCCGAAAGCCUGGCUCAGAGUCUUCUAAGCCGACAGUCGCUCCUUCUCGGCAGUUUGAUGAAGAAGUACAGAUUGAGGAAGAUGGUGAAGAGUUUGAACAUUUUCAGGAUGAGGAAGAAUUUGAAGGGUUGGACCAGGAAGCACCUCUGUCCAAAGGGAAAGCUGCAGAAAAACCAGAUUUGAAGAUUACGAAGGUUCCUCUUCAUCUUAGAAGAAAUUGGGAAAGUUUCUACUUAGAAUUCCUGAUGGUUGCUGGUCUGCUUGUGUACUUUAUCAACUUCAUAGCAGGAAGGAACAAGAAUCAGAAACUGGCAAUGGCCUGGUUCAAUUCUCAUCGUCAAAUUUUAGAAAAUAACUUUGCUUUAGUUGGGGAUGAUGGCAAAAAGGAGAUCGAAAGCCCUGGUUUGCAAAAGGAGUCUGAGAACGUGUAUACCCUGUGGUGCAGUGGGAGAGUAUGUGUGGAGGGGAUGCUGGUUGAGCUCAAGCUUCUGAAGAGGCAGGACUUAGUGAGCCUCAUAUCCAACAUGUUUCGACCGGCCUCCGACCAGAUGAUCAUCAAGGUCACUAUGAGUGCAGAUUCCAUGGAAAAUUUUGUGUUCUGCAUUGCAAACAAGAAAACGGCUGUUCGACUUGUUAAAGAAAUGAGUGAUCUUAGUACUUAUUGUCCAGAGAAGAAGAGCGUGGAGCGGCACGGUGUUCCCGACAGUUUCGUGAUGCUGAGCGAGCUUGGAGAGGCAGCUUCUGCCAUGUUGGAUGGAAAACUAGUCACAGUCUUGCAAAAAUAUGAAGAGUGCAUUGAUUUCAUUCAUUUCUCGGACCAGUUUUGUGGCCCAAAGAUACAGGAGGACGCUCAGCUCACAAAGCUGCCGGACACAAAGAAGAUGCUCAUCUUCGGCUUCAACAUGCCAGGAAAAGGCAAAAUAACUCCUGAAACUAUGGAAACUCUGAAGCCUUUACUGCAGCUGGUUUUUUACUCGAUUGAUAAAGUGAAACGGUUCCAUCUCAGCAAAGAGGCCAAGACAAAAGCAGAGCGCAACCGCCAACGAGCGGAAGAAGCAUUCUUGAAGACCCGCCACGCCCAAAGACAGGAGGCUGCUCAGGCACGCAGGGAAGAGAGGAGGAGGCAGGAGAAGGAGAGGAUCAUGAACGAGGAAGAUCCUGACAAACAGAGGAAGUGGGAGGAACGUGAGCAUCGACGUGAACUGAAGAAGAGGGCUCCCAAAAUGAAACAGCUGAAAGUAAAAACUUUGUAAAAGUUUUAAAUCCAUAUGUUGGAGGUUAUGCCACAAAGGCAACUGUUGUUCUGCUGUGGAUUGUUGAUUUUGUAAAUAAAAGUACUUAUAUAAGUUAUUAUAUUUAAGACUAAGCAUGUGGAAUUAUAUUCCGCAGUCAUCAUAGUUGAUUUUUAUGCUUCAUUUCAAAAUAAAAGACUUAAAAGAA